AUGACAGGAAAUCAGACAUGGGUCACGGAAUUCAUCCUCCUAGGAUUCCCACUCAGCCCAAAGAUGCGGGUGCUCCUCUUCGGGCUCUUCUCCCUGUUCUUUGCCUUCACCCUGCUGGGCAACGGGGUCAUCCUGGGGCUCAUCUGGCUGGACUCUAGACUGCACACCCCCAUGUACUUCUUCCUUUCACACCUGGCCAUCGUGGACAUUUCAUAUGCUUCCAACAAUGUCCCAAAGAUGCUGGCAAACCUUCUGAACAAGAAAAGAACUAUCUCUUUUGCCCCAUGCAUAAUGCAGACCUUCUUAUACAUGGCUUUUGCUCACACUGAGUGUCUCAUCUUGGUAAUGAUGUCGUAUGAUCGGUACGUGGCGAUCUGCCACCCCCUGCAUUACUCUGUCAUCAUGAGCUGGAGAGUGUGCACUAUUCAGGCCAUCACUUCCUGGGUCUGUGGUUCCCUCCUGGCCCUGGUCCAUGUGGUUCUCAUCCUGAGACUGCCCUUCUGUGGGCCUUGUGAAAUCAACCACUUCUUCUGUGAACUCCUGUCUGUCCUCAAGCUGGCCUGUGCUGACACCAGCCUUAACCAAGUUGUCAUUUUUGCUGCUUCUGUGUUUAUCUUAGUCGGGCCCCUCUGCUUGGUGCUGGUCUCCUACACACGCAUCCUGUUCUCCAUCCUGAGGAUCCAGGCAGCUGAGGGCAGUGGUUGUGGCAGCUGCAAAGUCUCUCCACUCCUCAGUGAUGCCGUUAGCCUUCCAGCCACAGACAAGGGCCAUUGUCCUAGUGCCGGCAACCAUAUGAGUUCCGCUGCCAGCCCUGGCCAGCUCAGCAGCGUGCUGACCUGCUGCCCCAGCCCCAGCAAUCCCGGCUGCAGGAGCUGGGGAGGCCUGCUGAUGGCGUGUCUGAAGAUGGGAGAGCAAGACAUGGGAGGAAGGAGAGUGAAGUUUUGGUUAAGACAUGGAGCCAGGCCAGCUCAUGAGACUGACAAAUCUGAAGAGACAGAAGAGGUCCAGCAGGAGGAGGAAGAGGGAAAACAUGGUUUGGGGAAAUGCAGUGCCUCACAAGCAGUGGAAUACGGUUCCCGAGGGAUUUUGGACAAGCGCAAAUUUUACAGAGAGUUAGAAGAGGCAGCUCAGAAACAGGGCAGGAUUGGCUAG